UAUACAUCUAUUUCCUGCCCCCUUAUAUUGACAAUGACUGAUUCGUAAAUCAUUUGGACAUCGACUUUAAAGACUGGAAUAUCAUCAUGAAAAUUUUUCAUUGUUUAUUUCUUCUGUCAAUUCUGUCAGAAAUCAAAGGAAAGAGCACUAUAAAAGCUCCAAUGAGAAGACCAGAAGAUAGAUGUAUUGGCACUAGUGACUUAUAUCUAGUUAUCAAUCCUUCAAGGAUUUGGCAACUGCCUCUUAAUAUCCAAAUCCAAUGUGCAUUCUAUCUUUGUGUGAAUACAUACUACAAGCUGCAGAGCUGUCCAGCUGGGAAAUCUAUUGGAAAAAACGCCUUGAGACGUGCCAGAAAGGGGUUUGCACAAAAUACCAACCCAUGUGUAAGGAAUGGCUUUGAGAAUUGCAAAAGUAUAGUUGGGAAUGCAUUAGUGUUUGAAGAUGACCAGCGAGUAGAAUUGGCAGGAGAUAAUGAUGUUAUCUAUGCCCUUCCUCCACCUCCUAAACAACGCAUAUUCUGUGGAGUAGAUUUAUUUUGGGUGAUUGACAUGAGCUGCUCCAUAAAAGACAUAAACAAACAAGCAAUAGUAGAGUUUGUAAUGGAGGUUAUAAAUGGAUUUCAGAUCAGUGCUGUUCAUAUGAAAACUGGUGGAGUUACAUAUGGGGCUACAGUGUAUAGUAUACAGACAUUAAGAGAAGGGAGAAAUCGUGCAUUAACAUUAAAAAACUUUCAAAAUAUGGUUACAAUACCGGCUAAAUGUCAAACAGCUACAGACGAAGCGCUUCUAAGAAUAAAAAGAGACUUUUUGUCUGAGUCAAAUGGCAACCGACCUGAAUUCCCAGAUGCAAUGAUCGUCAUUACUGAUGGUAACACCUUCCAUGGUAGAAAACAAGAUAAUGCAGCCUUCUCCAGGAAAACAGUAGAAAUAGCUACAGAGAUCCGUGAAAUGGGUGUUACCACAUAUGUAAUUGGACUACCAUCAGGGUCGAAAGACAAAAUCACUGAAGACAGUUAUAGGGAGUGGUUGGGCAUAGCAGGAGAAGAGAGGAACAUAUUCCUGAUGGCCAACUUUGCACAGCUCAAGCAACAGGUGACUGAGAUGUCAAGUAAAGCUUGUGUCAGCACAUAAGCUUGGAAUAUGGUGAGACAUAAAGGAAAAUUAUCUCACAAUGGUUCAAUGGAUUGGCCAAGUAGCACUCGCUCAUAUGUUCUACACCCCUACAUGUCAUUUACUGUACUGUUAUAACUAUAGAUAGCAAUAAAUCAGCCCUGUUUAAUACCUUA